AUGUUCGCCGACAUUACGCAACCACCCAAUCCACUACCUGCUCCCCAGCUCAAGGAGAUUCGACCGGGUGUCUCUUUGCUGCCUCCGCUCUCGCGUCGGGGUCAUGGUCCGGGCCUUGUGGUCUUGACACCAACAUCCGAGAAUCUACUAGAGAUCAAAGAUGGUGUGCCGUCCGUACUUAUCAAAUGGGCUGAAGAGGGAUAUACAGUGGUCCAAAUCGAUGGAUCUACUUUUGCUGCGGUUGAUAGCGGUAACGUCUUGUCUGAGGCCUUGGAGGCUAUGCGACAGUGUGAGCAGUAUGACGAGGGAAAGAUUGGCUUAGUUGCAUAUGCCUCAGAGCUCUGGAAUGCCGCUGCGCCAAGCUUGUCAAACGUCCCUGAUAUUGUAUCAGCAGCUGUAUACACCAAUACCGAUGACUUGACAGGACUCGCUACAGCAAAUAUUUCAAUUCUACGACAUGUAGUUGGACCUGCUGCUAAACAAGACACUGAGAAAUCAUCCGGGGCCGUCUAUUACUACCCCAAAGCUCAAAGCCACUCUUUUGCAACACCAUUCCAUCAGCACUUUGACUACAAUAUGGAGUCUGUUUCCCACACUAGAAAUCUCCAGUUUCUCAAGCCCAAAGUCGGAGGGCCUUAUUUUGAUCUCGAGUAUAUCUGGGAAGAGCAUACCCACUACGAAUUUGCCGAUCGCUCGGUUGAGCAUACUAUGAGUACUAUGGUCCAGGAGCCAUACGUCAACCACAUCCCAACAAUGACUGGUGGAAUUGGUCGAGAUAGGUUAUCUGAUUUCUAUCGACAUAACUUUAUCUUCAAUAACUCGUCAGACUCCGAACUCGAUCUGAUUAGUCGCACUGUUGGUAUAGAUCGUGUAGUCGAUGAGUUCAUCUUCAAGUUUACGCACAAUCAAGAAAUCCCUUGGAUGUUGCCUGGUGUACCGCCUACCAACAUAAAAGCCGAAGUCCCUUUUACUGCGGUAGUCAAUAUCCGAGGUGACCGUCUUUAUCACGAACACAUCUCCUGGGAUCAAGGAACUCUUCUCCGGCAGUUGGGUUUGUUGCCUGAGUAUCUGCCGUUCCCUUAUGCUCUUCCUGAUGGUUGCACUUCCCAAGCAGGCUUUGAGUAUCGUGUACCGGUUGCUGGUAGGGACACGGCUGUGAAGAUGAAGGAUAGACAUGGGGUGUCAUCGAAUCAGAUGUUUGCUUAUGAGGUUCGGGAGAAGCGGACCUGA